GCGAGAAUUUGUCGAUGCAACAGUUGCUGGUGGUGAACCCUGUAAGCACGCACUUCACUUAAAUAGCAUAUAGACCGCAGGGGCACUUGGAUGUUUCUUCUUUAUGCCAGUCACCAUGAAGAUUAGAGGGUGUCCAUUCCCUGCUUGUCCACCUCACGCUUCUUCCGUUUCAAUCCUAUAAAAUCUCAGCAUGACUAAACAACCCGCCUAUGAGGAUGUCUUAGGCUGCCAAGCCGCUCUCUAUGAAUGGGCCGAGAGCUACGACACGAAAGACUGGGAACGGCUUUCGAAAUGCAUCGCGCCCAUUCUCCGGAUCGAUUACCGCGCCUUCCUCAACAAGCUCUGGGAAUCCAUGUUCGCUGAGCAAUUCCUAGGCAUGGCCUCCGACGUUAAAUUCCUCGGAAAUCCACGCAUAAAGACGCAGCAUUUCGUCGGUGCAACCAAAUGGGUCCAGACCAGCGAGGAUGAAAUCACUGGCUAUCAUCAGAUGCGCGUGGCGCACCAAAAAUACGCAGAUGAUGCGCUGACAGAAAUCGCGGUGAAGGGACAUGCUCAUGGCAAGGGGACUAUCUGGUAUCGCAGGGUUGAUGGCGUGUGGAAGUUUGCUGGGAUUGAGCCCGAUAUUCGGUGGUCGGAAUACAACCAUGAUAAGAUAUUCGUUUAGCGUAGUCAAGUCUCGUUUCACAUUAGGAAGAACUGGCCGUGGGGAGGGAGGAAGGAAUUUGAACAGAGCGAAUUGAUGUGAUAUCAUAGACUGCCGCCAAAUUUAAAUGUGCUGUUAGGUGUCGGUGUCUGCUGGUCAAGAGUGCACGCUUGCCAGCUCUUUGCAGCUCUUUCAUGCUCAACGGCUGAUUAUCUUAAACUUGCUCUGGUG